UUUCAGUUAGUAUUCAAACCCAAAAUUUACGUAAUUUAAUUUUGAAAUAUGAAUUUCAAAUAUUACGUUGUUCUGGGAUUCUUGGCUAAUCUAUUAACAUUAGCGAAUGGAGAAAAUGCAGGAAAAUCUGGAAACAUAAGUUACGAUAAUUAUCAAGUUUAUAAAAUAAACAUAAAAAACGCAACGCAAUUACAAUUCCUGAAUUUCCUUCAAAACCAGACAAGGUUCAGCGUGUGGAAGGAUUAUGAUUAUAUUACAGAAGACGUGCAUGUUAUGGUCAAACCACGAGAGAUUCAUAACUUUCUCCGAUUACUGCAAAAUAAUGAAAUCGAACAGGAAUUGUUAAUAGAGAAUGUUCAAGAUCUUAUCGAUUUAGAACAAUCCUACUCCGACUCUAGUAAAUUCGAUUGGACUCGUUAUUAUGAGUUGCACGAAAUUGAACAAUGGUUGGAUGAUAUACUGCUUACUUAUCCGAAUGUUACUGAGGGCUUUAUCAUUGGUAACUCAUAUGAGAAUCGUUCUAUAAGAGGUAUAAAAAUUGCCCACAAACAAGAUAAUCCCGGUAUAUUCAUUGAAUCAAAUAUACAUGCACGGGAGUGGAUUACGUCAGCAACUGCAACUUGGUUUAUAAAUGCGUUAUUAACAUCUCAAGAUGAGGAAGUUCGAGACUUAGCUGAAAAUUAUAAUUGGUAUAUAAUACCAGUUUUAAAUGUGGAUGGGUUCGUUUAUACCCAUGAACGGGAUCGUUUAUGGCGAAAAACUCGCCAACCAACAUUGGCAUCGGAUUGCGUUGGCACAGACCCUAACCGCAAUUUCGAUUCCAAUUGGAUGGCAAACGGCGGUGCUUCGGGUAAUCCUUGCGAAGAAACAUAUGCGGGUCCACAACCAUUUUCGGAGUACGAGACCACGGCCUUAGCUGAAUUUCUGAAAAGUAUUCAAGAUGACAUCAACAUUUAUCUUGCCUUCCAUUCCUACAGUCAACUGCUUUUAUCGCCCUACGGUCAUACGGAAGAUCCGCCUGAGAAUUACGACGACUUAUUGGAAAUAGGAGGAGCGUUUGCCACUGCUAUUGAAAGUUUACCAUAUAAGACACCAUAUCGCUAUGGGUCGACAGCAACAACCAUGUAUAUAGCUUCGGGUUCAUCGGUAGAUUGGGUUUAUGACAAUUUUGACGCUGUGAACGUAGCGUACACUAUAGAAUUUCGUGAUCAAGGACGCUUUGGUUUUGUUUUACCACCCGCCCAAAUUAUACCCAAUUGUGAAGAAUUAAUGGCGGGCAUGUUGGCUUUAGUCCAGAAAUCCCAUCAACUAAAUUACAUUUAAAAAUUAUAAUAAACUUUUGUAACAUCAAAAUGUUUAAUAAUAGUUAAAGCAGCAAAAAUAUUUAGAAGAAGGAAGGCAAAGGCGAAUUGAAGAUCUUCUAGGUUAAAUAUUUAUUGGCUUUAAGGAGAAGAUCUUUAGGCGAAAAAUAAGAAAAUGGUCAUGAAGGGGAAAAUCCACACACUCACUGUCCCGAGUUUCAUCAUCGUCUUUACACAUUGAUUUAGAUUUUUGUUUUUGUAAAACGUACAUUGUUGAACAUACAUUGUUGAACUUCGUCUUAGACAUUUCGCCUCUGCUUUAAAUUUAAACAUUCACAUUAGCCAAAUGAGUAAGAAGGGUCCAAUUGCAGUUGUCUAGAUAACAGGGAUUUUCUCUUCUUACUGGGAUUCUUUAAAUUUAAAAUUAAUUAAGUAACUCGUAGAUGCAACUUUCUUUGGAAUUUUUUCUUAGGUUACCUUUAUAUCAAUCCUUUAAGCA